AUGACGUAGCGCUGCCUUUUGUGUGCGCGCGCGUGUGUGUGUGUCUUGUGAGCCUGCUGACACCGCCCCUCCGGAGGGUGCAGCGGGGACUGCCAGGAGCCCAACUGUCGUUUUUUCAGUCCGCGGACUGUCAACAAAUCUCCACCGCACCGGGAUGUACGGAAACGAACCGCGUAUCGAGCAGCAGCUGUCCGCGCCGUUGCUGACGUCCGUGAUGUUACGUUAGACCGACACAAACGCUUCGCACUACGGGAACCUCGCGGCGGUUGAUUGGUGAUUGUAGUCGAGCUUGUCAUUGUUUUGGCCGGUGGUUUAACAGGUAUUUGUGUGUAUGCUACGGUUGUCGCAAUGGUCGCCCGUUGGAAUUGUUCAACGAAGCUAGCUCGCUAACGGUUAGCCAACCGUAUGAAUCUGGCUGCGUUCGCAGCGACCAGCGGCUGUAUUUAUAUAGAAAUACGUGAACAUGGCAUCGCCCGCAGAGCACGACCUGGCGCUUUCUGAAGCGGACAGCAGCAAGGAGAAAGCGCAGAUGUUUGGGAUUUUGAGGCUGCAGGAGGAGAAAUCUGCUGCUAACAGUAGCAGCACGGCGAGAGGAGGAGGAGGAGGAGGUGGAGGUGGAGGAGACGGGCGAUGGCAGGCUCCCAUCUUCGCGUUGGCCAGGAAAGCAUCCGAGACAAUUUCAGGGAGUAUUCACGUCCUGCCCAAAGUGUCGGAGCACCGCGCGUCUCUUUCCAGUGACUGGAGCGUCCCAGCCUUGCGAGACCCGAUGACUAUGGAGCGUGCAAACCUGCUCAACAUGGCCAAACUGAGCAUUAAAGGGCUGAUAGAGUCGGCUCUGAGCUUUGGACGAACUCUGGACUCGGACUACCCACCUCUGCAGCAGUUCUUUGUCGUCAUGGAGCACUGCCUCAAACAUGGCCUCAAAGUGAAGAAGUCCUUUCUGGGCUAUAACAAGUCUCUCUGGGGUCCCCUGGAGCUCGUGGAGAAACUGUGCCCUGAAGCAGUUGAGAUCUCCGCCUCUGUACGAGACCUGCCCGGACUUAAGACUCCAUUAGGCCGGGCCAGAGCUUGGUUGCGUCUAGCGCUGAUGCAGAAACGGUUGGCUGACUACCUACGACUCCUCAUCACCAGAAAAGAUCUGCUCAGUGAUUUCUAUGAGCAUUCAGCACUGAUGCUGGAGGAGGAGGGAGCAGUGAUAGUGGGCCUGCUGGUGGGCCUUAACGUCAUUGAUGCUAACCUGUGUGUCAAGGGCGAGGAUUUAGACUCCCAGGUUGGGGUGAUUGACUUCUCCAUGUACUUGAAGAAUGACAUUGAUGAUUACAGGAGUGAGGAGAGGAAUAGCCAGAUAGCGUCAAUCUUGGAUCAGAAGAACUAUGUAGAGGAACUGAACCGACAACUCAACUCCACAGUUGGCGGUCUUCAAGGCAGAGUGGACUCAUUAGAGAAGUCCAACUCUAAACUCAUAGAGGAGUUAGCCAUAGCCAAGAACAACAUCAUUAAACUGCAGGAAGAGAACCAGCAGCUGAGGAGUGAAAACAGCCUUAUUCUGCAGAAGACACAGGAACAUUUUGAGGUAACGCAGGGCGAUGCGUCAGUGGAGAGAGACACAUACAAACAGUCGCGUCAAGGAUUAGAUGAGAUGUACAAUGAUGCUCAAAGGCAACUGAAGGAAGAGUGUCAGCACAGACAGGACGUGGAGAAUGAGCUGGUAGUCCAGAUGUCAAUGAAACAGGAAAUGGAGUUGGCCAUGAAACUCCUGGAGAAAGAUAUUCAUGAAAAGCAGGACACACUGAUCGGACUGAGACAUCAGCUAGAUGAAGUCAAAGUCAUUAACGUAGAGAUGUACCAGAAGAUGCAGGUAAAAUCGUCUGAUGAGGAGAUGAAGAAGAAGAACGAUGUAAUCACUCGUCUGGAAGAGAAGACCAAUCAGAUCACUGCCACCAUGAAGCAGCUGGAGCAAAGAUUACAGGAGGCAGAGAGGCACCGCACUUCGGCCGAGGAGGGGACCAGGCGCUUCAAGUUGGACUUUGCCAACAAGGCCGACAGCCUGCAGCGGCAAAUCGAGCACAGAGAAAGGCAAAUCCAGCAGCUGGAGACGGACCUGAAGAUAGAGAGGGAGUGGAGGCAGACGUUACAAAACGAUCUUGAAAGGGAGAGGGAUACGGUGGCUCAGCUCGCCACCGAGGCGCUUCAGAUCAACGGGCUAAAGAAGGAGUUCCAUUGUCUUCACGAUGAAAACAUUCAGCUGAAGACAAUCUGUGAGGAUCAAGAACAAGCUCUUGAGGAACUAGGCUCCAAACUGAGCGAAUCCAAAAUGAGGAUUGAAGACAUCAAAGAAGCAAACAAAGCUCUUCAGGGGGGGCAGGUGUGGUUGAAGGAUAAGGACGCCAGCCACUGCAAGCUGUGUGAGAAGGAGUUCUCCAUCUCUAGGCGAAAGCACCAUUGUAGGAACUGUGGGGAGAUUUUUUGUAACAGCUGCUCUGACAAUGAGCUCCCUCUGCCCGCCUCACCCAAACCAGUCAGAGUCUGUGACACCUGCCACGCCCUCCUCCUCCAACGAUGCUCCUCCAAUCCAACGUGAGGGAGGAGCCGCGACAGCUUCUAACCACCUGACAUCAAACCCAUAGCUCCCCAUCCUCCGGCCCCCGGUCAGACCCACCUCCCACCUUCUCCCAUCACAACUGCUGCUCGAAAGGGACAGUGUGAAUGAACAUUUAGCGCGUUUGAUUUGUCGUUAUUUUCAGUCCCUCAUAGUCAGAGGAGCUGUCUGCAUCAUUCUCACCCGUCUGUUUGAUGUACUUGUAUGCGGUGGAUGGACAUCAGUUCUUUUACAGGCGAAACACGUUCCAUCAGCUGUUUAAAAAAAGGAUCUGUCUGAUGACUGCUAUAAACAGAGGAACGCAUUUACAAUGAACUAAUGAGCACUGCCUCAGCUAAAUGCAGAUUAUCAACCAAAUGUACAGUCUAUUGAAGGGCUGCAUCAUCAUCAUCAUCAUCGUCGCCAUUGUUAUAAUGUAUGUAUUGCGCGUCAAACUGAUUACAGUAAACAUACAGCCAAACAGAUGGCAUUAUAUAUUUUAUACAGACUGUAUGAUGGCUUUGUUACAGGGUCUCGACGGCCAAGUGCCCUCUUUUCAAGGGGAGGGAAACUAACACAAACAUAAAGGCAACAUUUUCACAGGCACCAAAAAUAUCCUCUGAAACCUACUAGAGACAAAACGUUACUCCAAGGAACUCUCAUUUCUGGACACAACUCUAAGCAGAUUUUGUCAUGCUGACACGAUAAAUUGACUAGUUUUGGGGCUGCGGCUAGUAAAGGGACUUUUUCUUUUUCUUAACAAUGUUUGUGCCGUUUGUGCCUGUGUAAAAGCCGAUAAUUCUUUCAGCUGCUCGCACUACUCAUGUUGCCAAAAUGAGCCUGAAAUGCGAGGCUUUCUGUUAACUGAAUCUAAAAUUCUUAAAAGUAGCAACUCUAGCCGAGCAAAGCCAUCUCCAGAAAAGGCACAUUUCACUGUUUUCAAACACUAAUGCAGCGGAAGCUGCUUUUAGGACCAAGAAAGGCAACAAAUGCUGUUGUCGCUGGUGACCGAUGGAGUUGGCACUUCUUAAAUGUUUCUUUAGUUGAUGAACCACUGACGGCUAGCUCACAACACGACCACUUCGCCAACUAGUCCGUGGUUAAGAACCGACGGGAGUGGCCAGGUGGUUUCAGCACUUGGCAAUCUUAUAUUACCUCUUAUAUAGAUUUAUUUGAAAGUAUUUAUAUUUGAUCUUGUAUUUUAUGCAGACUUUUACUUUCAGAGGUCCAGGGAACUUGUCUUCAUGCUUUCCUUGUUCACCUGAAGAAUUAGUGAGAGGAGGGGUUUGAAACUCUAAGCCAAUUGUGUUCCUUUAUGUUUGAUGUGUUGUUAGACUAAUGCUGAUGACUGGACAGUCUUCAGUGAAGCGCUAUGAAAAGAGUUCCACUGCACAUUCUGGUUUUAAACUGCUACAAUGUUUACAUUCUAUGGCCGGAAGUAUUCAUUCCUACGAAAAGAUAAAACGAGCCGGCGUUCAUUUCAAUCCAAUUUAAAGUGUUUUUUUUAUUGUUCAAAUAUUUAAAAACUGACCAUUGUAUCAUAUUACCAUUUAGUAAUACAGGCAAAUUGCACCCAGGCCUAAAACCUUUUUGUACGGUGUCGUUCUUAUGAGUCGCCCAGCUUUGAAGUGGACUGAAACAGUGUUGACACCACUGUAUGUUGUAUAUACACAACUGUUGAUAAUCAGUGACUCGUUUACUUUAUCCCACCAGUUUAAUAUUAUUAACUCUAUUGCCAACAAAAUGCUGUCUUGACUGUGUAGCAGUUUCUGAUUAAAUCACAUCACAAACA